CAAUUAGUUUGAGAAUUACGGUUAAACGCUGCACAUCGAUACGAAUUUUUUGAACGGAGAAAUUAAUUGCUCAAACCUUUAAAGUAACAGAACAUAUAAAAUGAUAUAAAAUAAAAUUCUUACACCAAAAGUCAAAUAGUAUCGAACACUCAAAAGUGGAAAACAGACAUACAGCGACGACAUUGUCAUCAAAAAUUGUGUAUAUUAUUUCAAGUGUCAUUUAUUUGGUUAAUUAAUCUGUUUUGUUUUUUUUUUUUGUGCCAAAUUUUGGUGUGUUCUCCCUCUCUUUUUAUAAGAAAAAGUGUUGUGUUGCUGGCAUUGGCAUUGUUUUUUUUUUUAUAAUAUUGUAAAAGAUUUAUCGCAUUAAAAAUAUUUACUCUUCAUAAAGCUACAUAUUGACAAAAAAAUUGAUAAGAAGCUCUCACAAGUCACUUGCAUUUUCGCAAAACCAAAGUCAGUAGUAUCAACAAAUUGCAGCUUGCAACAACACCACAUCAGAAACAACCCCAACAACAGUAGCAAAAAUGAGCGCUAAAAAUAUUCCUCGUCGCCAGGCUGUUCCAGUCCUUUACACCCGUGGAACUCAUUAUGAGGUUGGAUUUGACAUGGGUCGCACUUUUGCAUCGGUUAUUAAAAACUUUUUGCUAUUGUCGGGACCAUUGAAUGAAGUCUAUUUGCCAUUGUAUGCCACAGAAAAAGGAAAAAAUGCCUAUAACGAAACGUUGGAAAGUGUAAAAAACUCAUUCCCUCAAUACAUCAGAGAAUUGGAAGGUGUAGCCGAGGGAGCUCAAGUCGAAUUCCAUAAGCUCUUCCUUUUGCAUAUGGAUGAUAUACUGCCACAAAGCGUUAAACAUUUAAAUUCAAUUAAAAAACAGCCAGUAGGAUGUUCUACAAUCAUUGUAAAUGGAGAACAUGAGCGUGUUUUGGGUCACACUGAGGAUGCUCUAACCGAAACUUUGAAUCACUAUUACUUUGUGGUUGCCCAUAUUAUCAACGAAACACCCCAAGGAAAAUACAAUGUCAAGGAGGAACGUUUCAUGUCACUGUGCUAUGCAGGUCAUUUGCCAGGCUAUACCAUGAAUUACAAUCACCACGGUUUGGUAUUCUCCAUUAACACCUUAUCGGCUGAAAUAUUGAGAAGUGGCAAAACACCCAGACAUUUUGUCACACGGGCUUUGUUAAGUGCCGAUAAUUCAGACCAAGCUUUGAAAAUUCUUAGGGAUGCUGGAGUGGGUGCUGGUGAUGGAUGUUCCAUAAACAUGUGCUUUAUAAACGAUCCCUCAAAUUUGUGCUACAACAUUGAAAUGGCCCCAACCGAAGGCAAUACCAAAGAAUCGACAUUGAAUAUUAGAAAAAUUCAAACCGGUGAACACAGUUAUCAUGCAAAUAAAUACGAACGCAUUGAAAUCGAACAAGCCAAUCAGAUAAUGUUGGACUCCAGCAUUUCUCGCAUGAACACUUUUGGUACCUAUGAGCCAGCGAAAAGCAAACAAGAUGUAAUAAACAUGCUGGGCGAUUGCAGCGGUGGCGAGCAUUGUGUCUUUCGUGAAGAUGGAAACCUGAGCCAGGAAGUCAAAACAAUUGCCAUAGGAAUUUUUGAUUUGAAUGAGAAGACCGUCGCUUUAUACUCGGACAAUCCACGUACCACUGAACCCCAUUGUGUGUUGCCGAUGAUAUUGAAGACAAACUGAAGCAUAUUUGUAUAGAUGUUGUUAAUCGAAUUAUAUAUGUAUAAGAAUCUAAACAAAAUCAUUGCCAUUUAAAAUAAAAAAUUUAAUGAUUUAAUGCAAA